AUGGCGAUGGAACUUGAAAUUACGGAGCUUAGAUUGGAUAUUCCAGGGGAGAAAAGGGUGUUUUCAGAAAUAAACAACGCUGACGGUGAAAGCAGCAACAACGAUAACAUGAAAUGGCCACCGGUUUGUGCUUAUAGGAAGAAGCAAAAUAGCUUUAAUGGUCGUGAAUCGUCGAAAAUGUUCGUCAAAGUUAGCAUGGAUGGUGCCCCGUUUCUACGAAAACUUGAUUUGGGCACAGACAAAGGGUAUUCUGAACUUGUCGUGACUCUUGAGCAGCUCUUUGAUUACUAUGGAAUUGGUGAAGCAUUGGAGGAUGCAGACAAUUCAGAGUAUGUGUCAAUAUACGAGGACAAAGAGCCCCUCAAAGAUGGAGACUGGAUGUUGCUCGGUGAUGUUCCCGCCUUCCCGGGGAGUAAAAUGUUUAGUGAGUCAUGCAUGAGGCUAAGAAUCAAGAAACGAUCGGAUGCAAAUGUGACAGGGCUUCGAGCUAAGAGCUUCCUCAAUGACAUGUCUUAAGAGAAAUGAAAGCAUGCCCAAUUGCAGGUGAAAUUCUACCCGUGGUCAUCCAAUUUUGAAUUUAUCACAGGGGAAAUUUACCAGAAAUAGAGUGGUUCAAUGCUAGGCUAGUGGCCUCUCUUAUUAUUAAUUAUUGAUUUAAGUCCAAAAUAUGUUUGUAUUUUUUUUUUAUUUUUUUUUUUAUGUGAGAUCUUGGCAUAAAAUGUAACUGUAAUUUUAAGUGGAAUAGGACACGCUAGACAAAUAUGUGCUAAUUUCAUCUAAAAUAGCUAGCAGAUGACAACCAUACAUUCAUGUUUUCGUGUCUAAUAUAUGUCCCAUGUUUUUUAAUCUGCUUAAAUUUGUGGCUGGCAGACACCUGGGUCUCUUGGUUAAAUGUCCUGCUUGAGUCUUCAAGAAGUCUUCAAAAAUACAAAAUAUGUCUCAUCCCGGAAUUCUUAAAAGACUUAUACCCAGCCUCAAAGUCUUGAAAACUACUAAAUAUUUCUCAUCCCCAAAGUUUUAGAAUACUCAAAUUUGAAAUAAAAAUCAUUUUUUCCCUUCAAAACUCCAAAAGCUCCUAUUUUUCUCCAAUUUCCGAUCCCUUUUCUGGCAAAAAUUCAGGAA